AUAUUGUACUUUUGAGUUGAGGAAAAUGUUAAGAAACAUGAGCGGUGAGGGACAUUUAGCCGGCGGGCAGAGCUCGUCUUCUCCGACCGGGCGUGGAGUCACCUCUGCCGGGCUCGACAGUCAGGAAAGCUCGUGGAUCGGCCUAUUGUCCGUGGUGUCCAGGCCCGCGCUCUCAUUUUUGCAGAAAUAUCUCCCGGGCCGACCCCGAAAUCCGGCCACGUCCGCUAACAGGACCGGGUGGAUCAGUGGAGAUUUAAAAAGCAGUUUUGCUGACGAAGAAAGAGAGUUUUUAAGACAGCUGGACGACAUGAUGCCGCUAACGCAGCACGCAGCUCCACACAUGACCUACCUGCAGUGUCAGCACGACGGAGUCGCCGGCCUGCUGGAGCCGGGGGACGGCACCACUUUACCCUGGCUUACCGCUGAUUCUCUGCGGGAAAUAGGGAUUCAAAACGCAGAAGAAAUGGACUUAAAUGUCUGCCAGCAGACUCAGAUUGGAUAUUUCUCUUCUGCUAGGACUUUUAUCAGUCAUGUUCUAUUGAGCGCGGUGUCAUCUCAGGAAAUAAAACCCACACGAGGGAAGGACUAUGUGACCGAGGCCAUGAGCUCCACAGUGAAGAGCAGCGGUGGUAAAAGCAGGACGUGGUGGGGCAGCUUCUGGGGCGGCGAGGAGAGCUCACAGAAAGGGCUGUUGUCGGAUUUCUCCUGGGCUGAGGAGGGGACGGUGACAGGCCAGCUUUGUCCACAUCAACUUGGGUCUGAGACAAAAGCCCCCGCUGCCAAAACAACCAAUGUGUUUGUCCAGAGUGGCGGCAGGGAAUCGACGCUGGGAGAAAACACUGGACCGACUGACCACAAAGAGGAGCUGGCUAACAAUGGAGGCCUUCACACAGUCCAGAACACAGAGGGGUCUGCACCAGACCACCGGCUCAGCAUCAGCAACCACCUGAGCAGUUCGGGAGAUGCCGCCGCCUGCAGUGAGGUGGCACUUCUGACCCCUGAUCAGGACAAUGGUUACUCCAGCCUGGAGGAGGAACACUUCCAGAUGUGCCACCUGUACAUGCUGACAUCCCCAAGUGAACAGCGGCAGGAGACCGAACCGGAAAGCUGUGCCACUGUCGCCACAGAGAUGGAGGAAGAGUCAUCGGAGGAGGGAGAGCCGACAUCAGGGAAGGUAGACGAGGAAGAGCAGCAACACUCAGCCCCUCAGGAGGGUCCGUCAGAGAAGGCGACUGUGCUCUCCACCCCCCAGUGCCAAAACAAAGCCAUUGCCUUCAUCAUGGGCUGCCCCUGCAGUGACGACGACAGCAGCCAAUCAGACAUGGAGUCCAGUGAUGACGACGACGAUGGUUUUGACAGCGAGGGGUCGUCCGAUCUGUCCGACUCGACCGAUGAAGAUGACGAAGAUGAUGAUGAAGCCUCAGGCUCAGACAGCGAGGCCGACUCGGAGGCACAGCGCCUGUGGGGCUCCUUCUGCCAAAGUCUUGACCCCUACAACCCUCAAAACUUCACCGCCAAGCAGCACACCGGCAGCACCCCACCCAGGAUCAUCCCCACCUCCACACCACCGCCCUCCACUCAGUCCACCCCUGCCUCCUCCCCUGACCUCACCCCUCUCGCUCUCUUCUCCCUCACAGCCUCCCCUCCCCUCCCCUCCUUCCCCCCUCCGUCUGGCCAAGACGUCUGGGACGACUCAACCUCGGCCAGCGAGGUGGACGAAGCCGAAAGCCUCCGCCUGUGGAGCUCCUUCAGCUGCUCCUCAGACCCCUACAGCCCCUUCAACUUCCAGGCCCCGCUCAGGACUCGAGAGCCUGUCGAGGCUGCUCCGAGGGCCCGGGUUAGGGCAAAGAGGGCCUCCCAGACCCCCCCCCACUCCUCCCACCAUAAAGCAGCAUCUCCACCUGAGUACAGGAAGGAAGAGGCAGAGGAGAGGCUGGACAGCGGCUUUUCUGAACCCUCCACCUCUUCUGGCUCCUCCACCACCCGGAGCUGUGGCACAACCAAAAAGGUUCGAUUCUGUGAUAAUGUGGAGGAGUUCGUCGCCAGCUGCGGUGAGGAGGAGGAGGACCGGCGGGGCCCCUGGGAGGAGCUGGCUCGGGACCGCUGCCGAUUCCUGCGACGCUGCCAGGAGGUGGAGCAGAGCAUCGCCUACUGCCUGCAGCCGCAGCACCGUGCCCUAGUGUACCGCCGCCUCGCCAUCCUCUAGGUCCAGGACGCAUAAGGAGGACGUAGCAGCUUUCCCGAAAGCCCAGGAAGUCCAUGUAAUUCGGCAUGUCUCAUAAUGAGGAAAUGAAAAGCUGCACUUUUUUAGCAGAAAUAUAAACUGCUUUAACACUAUGGAAACACAGCGAGAGCAGGUGGACAGACCGAGAGCUGCUGAACGCUUGACUGGCUGACUUUAGUCUUCUUUCUGAUGUGGUUCAGACUGGGUCUACGUCUGUUUGUUUCUGCAGCUUUGUCUUUUUGGAUUCAGUCGAAUAAUUCAACAAGAUUCAGGGCAACUUCAUAACUGACUGAUUUAGUAAAAUGCUGGCGUGUGAGAUGUGUUAUUGAGGUGUUGACGGUGAUUUGAAGGGCUUAACUUGUGGCUUCACUGUGAGGACAAACCCUGUUAGAGCUGAGAAGUGGUAACUGUGUUUGGGUUGAGAUCAGUGUUCGAGUCUUUUCUUCUUCGUGCAGACAGAAAGAGAUCUCCUCUUCUCACGGUAAAAAUGUCUGCAGCCGUUUUCAGUUUCAGUAUUUUCUCCAGCUGUUUCAGACCACACCACAGUUCCUCUCAUGUAAUCAGCCAUUUUACAUUUUACAUCAGAUACAGAAACGAGCUGCUGUUUUCAUCAAAAAUAUAGAGUAAAACUGAGAAAAUCACAGGGUCAACAGAUGAUUAGAAGAAGAAGAAGAAAGAAAGCAAAGGGUUUGUUUCACUAAAAUCAGUUUAUUUUUUCUAAUUUUCUUGUAAAAUACAGGAAUCAUCCACCACUUCAUGCCUCUAAUAAGCCAUCAAAUCAAACCGUCAACUCACAUCCACACUAGAGACGCAGCCAAUGAUUGUUUACUCUGUAAAAGACAAAGAAAAGCAGCAGGUAUUCGUAUUGGAAAUGUCUUUCGUGUAUUUACUUCACUGAUCAAAUGAUCAAAUGGUCAGUGAUCACGACUCAUUUGAGCUCCACCAGAAACCACCGUGAGGCUUGUGUUUUUAUUUCUGAUGGAAACAGCCACUUCUGUCUGUGACUCAGGUGUAGAACUGCUGGUUACCUGACAGUCAAACCGCAGCUCGACUCUUGCCCCACACAUGGAGCUAAAACCAGUAAACAGACUCCGUCACAGUCCAGAAUAAACCUGCGGUGUGAAGGAGCUCAGAAUCGGUGUAAUGACCAUCCGGGCGUGUGAAAUCACCCAGCGGGGUGUUUGUAUUUGCAGCCAAAGCUUUUAGUUUUGUCCCAGUUUCUCUUUAAAGCCAAAGAUCGUGUUGAAGUCUGACAGGACGAGGAACUGAAGUUUAAGUGUUGGAUUCUGGUUGAUUUGCAUGAAUUAGAAAAUGUUCCUCUAACUGCUCAGACUCACUAAUCACUGAUAAUCAGUCGAUACACAGAGUAUUCUGCCUCUAAUCAGUUCGAUAUAGAUCACUGUGGUAUUAAAAGAAAGCUCCCUUUAAUGGAUCAUCUCUCUGACUGUUGAACUGAACAUCCAGCUGAUGAAGGAAACUGUAGCAUGAGAGUUGUUCCGCUUCUCUACAGAAAGAUCUCUGUUUGAAAUAACCCAGGCUUCUCAGAUAUGUCAAGAGUUUUGUCCUAGUAACUCAGCUGUACCAGAACUUUAACCAAAUGUGGUAAAACUGCCAAAAUGAGGAUUCUGGUCAAAGAACGAUGAGUCUUCGCAGACGUGUGUUGCCGACUUUCUGUACGUUACAGACACAUUUGGGUUGAUUCCCAGCGUUCGCCUUACAGCUCCAGACUUCUAUAUUGGGAUUCAUUCAUCAUUUAAAUAUAAAGCCACUGACUAAUCAUAACUGUAGGACGUCUUUUAUUUCUGUUAGUGUUCCCUCCGCAGAUGAAAGCAUCGAGCAACAAUAAGGCCACGUCUUCCUGUCUUUACGAUAUAAAAUGGAAAAAGGCCAGUCAGACACUUCUGGAGAUCAGGAAACAGGGCGUCAACAGACGAUUAUGAUUUCUGGAUUCAUCAGGUCGUUGUUUGGUCUAUAAAAUGUCAGAAAAUGGAGGAAAAUGGCCUUUAUUGUUUCCCAGAGCGUUGACGUCUGGUUUUCUCGCUCAGCUGCGAGAAAAUUGUCCAAAAUCCGAACAUAAAACAUAAGGAAGAGCAGGAAAAUCUUCACCUUUGAGAAGCAGGAACCAGACAUUUAUCUGACGUGUUUGCUCUUAUAAACAACUUAAAUGACUGAUGAUCAAUUGACUAUUUGUUUCAGCUCGAGAGGGAAAUUGCAUGGAGGGACUUGUACUGAUUUUCUAAAAUCAUUUAGUCUUUACUAAAGAACACAACGGAUUGGUGAAUGUUGGCCUGAUACCAGAAGUGUGUCUAAAUCAGUAAUAACUCAUCCCCAUAAAAAGUCAGAGUCAGCAGCCACAAAGUGUUUUGAUCUUUCAUCAUCUCUUCAUCGUCCAUUAAACAUCAGAAAGUAGUUUAAAAUCUCAGUCCCUCGGAGUCCAAGGUGACGUCUUCAAAUGUCUCGUCUUGUUCGAAACCCAGAGAGAGACAGAAAACAGAAUAUCCUCAUAUCUGAGAAGCUGUAGCUGGUAAAUAAUUUCCUAUUUUCUUAACUUUCGUAGCCAUUUCAUAUGCAGUUUAAUCUCCAAUGAGACGAUCAUGUUGGUAAAGUAAAAUCCGGUAACUGUGGCUGCCAGAUAAAUGUAGAGCGGAGCAAAAGUACAUUUCCCUCUGAAUAGUGGUGUGGAUGUUACAGUACUCGAGUAAAUGUACUUAGUUACUUUCCCCCACUGGUGCCGUGUUUUACAGUCUGAUGACCAAACCCGAGCAGACGUGACUGAAUCAUUAGCUGUGUCCCAAAUCCACUCUACAUGUUAGUUCUCUACGGUGCGCAACACACCAGUCACUUACUAAACAAAAAAAUCAGCUCGGUUACAACUCACCCUUUCACCAGCACCUACAAUUUAUUAAUUUCUCUCAGCUGUGAGCAUCUGCAGCAUUUCCGUCAACAGCACCCUGAGAAAACCCACCAUAUUUAGUCUAAAUACCAAGGAGUCUGAGUAAACUUUACUUUGGCCCUUUCCAGUGUGAACACAUUCAGUACAAACUAAAAUACUGCUCAGAACCUGUUUAGUCUGGAUUUGGGAGUGUGUUACGAUGAGUGGGUUUUUUUUCUUCUUCUGGUCUCAAAUGCAGGAUCUUCAGUUCAGCAGGCAGAAAGUUAACGAACCUGUAACCAGCCUCCGAAUCCGAGUCUGAACAGUGAGGCUCAGUGAAACGCUUCCAGGCCGAACUCGCUCUGCGUGAGCUUCUCCUCCUACAGCACCAA